AUGAAUUCCCCAGCACUUCUCUCGGAGGUAUUCUCAUUGAACGAUCCUGUUACUUCGGAGGGUGACUAUAUGAACUCCCAUGUGACAGGGUUUGGAACGGAUGAAGACGACAACAGCCAGCGAGUCGGAGGUCUCGUCUCUAUGCCUGAUACCAACGGCGUGAGGUACCACGCACAGCAGCCUGUGAUGCAGGAUUUACAAUAUUCGGGUUCGAGUGCUCUUGCAAUGACUCCACCAGACUCUUGUCCCGACUCGUUUUCGCCCACAUCUGGUCCCCUCUUCCCUCAUAUAUCUCGGCUUCAGCAUCCCUUUGAUAGAAUGGCAGACUACCAGCGGGUGCCAGCGCUUCAACCACCGACUGGCAUGCCAUCUGGGAUGCAAAGUUCAGGGCAUGCCUUGAACUCCAUUCCAGCGCUCAUGGGACGCAAUAAUUCCUACGGUUCAUACGCUUUGCAGCGCGGAAUCGGAAAUAUCGAUAGCGGGAUGGAUCGAUCUCAGAAUAAUAUGUAUCAGCAACCGAUAGUGGAGUCCUCACAACGUUCACAGCCCCAGGUUGAGGCUCCGCCUUUUGACGAGACGACCAUUCUUCAUACAGUUGUUGCAGAGUUUGGCGGCCAAUAUCAGACAGUGAAACCAGAUGUCCAAGCAAAAAUGGGUCGAGGACCCUUUCCAGCUGAGGGAAAGUGGACUUGCUAUCGCCGCAAUUACUUUGCAGUGACCUGCGGCUUUGGACUUCAUCCUUGGCCUCCCACUGCCCCUCUAUACAUCCGCUAUCCCGACCAGACCCUUGAACCAAUCCGUGGAUUUUCAAUGGCGAUUUCAGCUAUCGUGAACGGUCAAUAUGGAGAAACCCGAGAACUUGUUCAACACACCCCAAAGCGAGACAAGCAAUCCGAACGCAAACCAGGUCGUGUCGUUCUUCAGCCUGCGCCACCACCUUCAUUCACAGCAAACUCGUCAGUUAAUGGAAGUCUUUCUGGAUUCCCCCUUGGCUCACAACCUAUGGAUUACAACCCUUCCUUCGCCGGGACACCUCAGCCGUGUCAGCCCCCAACCUCCCACGUAUUCGAACGCAUCCAAUUCCAAAAAGCCACCGCCAACAACGGCAAGCGCCGCGCCCAGCAACAAUAUUACAAUCUGGUCGUUGAACUGUACGCUGAGGUUGCUAGUUCGGUUCCCGGUGAAACCGAGUGGAUACAGAUCGCCCGGCGCCACUCCCACCCCCUGGUCGUCCGCGGGCGUUCACCCGGUCAUUACAAGGACGGACGCCGUGGCAGUACUGGCAGUAUGGGCCCAGAUGGGGCUGGGGGAGACAACACCUGCGGUCUCCUUCCUCAUGGGAUGGGCCAAACGGGCCGUCCACACAUGCUCAUGUACGACGCGUCUCAUCGAAGUGGUCUUUCUUACAGCAGAUCUGAUCAUCGCAAAAUGAAUGUCGCAGAUCAUUCCCCACUCAGCGAUAGUCCUAUCAUCUCCUCUUCUUCUUCUUCUGGGUUCGAGUACUCAAUGAUUGAUACCAUGGAUCCCAUGGAUACGAUCAAGUCCGACAUUUACCUCAAAUCAGAUCCCUAUCAGGAUAAUACCUAUACAGGGGUUCCCAGCCACCAACACCGCCAGUCUAGUACUGGUGGAUACGACCCUGUUUACUCAACAACUUAUAGCCGUUACGAUCCUAUCCAGAAUUCGCAUAGUCUAUGCACUUAG